AUGCUGCUCAGCUACCUCGCAACUGCUCUCCUCGUCUUUUCCUCACUGGCAACAGCCUCGAAUUCCUCCGCCGCACUCCCGGACCUCGAUCCCGCCGACUUGCCCGACCCGAGGACGCUGAUCUACAAGGAGGUGUGCUUCCGCAACGUUUUCGACGAAGCAGACGACCUCCCCCUCACCGCUCAAACCGCUACGAAAGACUCAAACAACCAUCGCAUCUUCUACCGCACCGGCACGAAGGAGGACUUCGAUCCCGUCGAUGACACCGCCGAGGAGGAGAAGGAGGAUGAGGAGGAGGGAGAGGGAGUGAUGGUUGGAUUCGAGGAGUUUUGCUAUAGGAUGAGGAAGGCGAAGGGAGACGUCGAGGAGCAGAAAGGCCAAGCGCAGAAGGGGAAGUAA